GAUGUUGAUUUGAGCGUGAAAACGCGUCGUAAUCGAAUCAGAAACGUCAAGGGAUUUUCCUUGGGUAAGGUCGAUACAGCCCUGGCAACAUUUUAAAAAGUAAGAGGUCACGUGACGUUUAAAAAGUGAAGGGGCCAUGCCGCCAUUCUGGAUUCUGAGCUUGGACGAGUUGGACGUGACACGGGAAACAGUGUGCUGUAUCGAACUUGCCGCGUUUCUAAAAGUAAUCCGUCUGCAUCAUCGCGAUCUUGCAUUGUUACAUUAAGUGUUGAUUGUAAACUGAAUAAUCAAGAUACGAACUACACGAAGAGCCUAUUAUUUCCGCCCGCACGAUGAAUCCACCGCCAGACGAGAUGCCCGGCGGACCCCCCUCCCCGUUAUCAGAUGUGGGAUCAGAAGACGCCACCCCACGUGCUUCACACCACCACACGAACGACGAAAAAUGGUAGCAGCUUCUAGAAGAACAGAAUCGAAAUUUCCUGACGCUUGUUCGAGCUAUGAAGACACCGUGGUCGUCGACCGAGCUGAGGUUACCCGAUUUCAAUCCCAGUAAAUCCGAUGUCGACGCACGUUCUUGGAUGUCGACUGCGGACCUGUGCGUUAACGACGAGAAUCUGCAAGGCGCACGGCUUAUGGUUGCCUUGAGUCGUGCUCUGAAAGCGAAGACUGCGGUCACUGGCUUCCUCUGCCAGGGCCAGGGACACUACGCAUCCAGCAUCCGCAUGCCCAAAGCGUCGCAGACAGGACCAGGAUGCUGCCAGUGGAGGAGCGAGUGGAUCCGGUGCAGCCAAGGAGAAGAGGGUCAAUCUAUGCGUAGUGAGCGCGCCUGCUGGGAUGUUGCAUUAAUCUGGUGAGCUGUUUUCGUUUAAACUAUGACUGUAGUUUCAAAGUUUAGAGGCUAGAUGUUUCAUUACGUGGAUGAGGUUAGUGUGACCGGUACUGUGGAAUUAUUUUCGAGGUUCGAGUCCUGGAACUGUUAAUGUGUCGGGUUGCCAGACCUGUUGACU